AUGGAGCUAAAAGUCAAUGGUAAGAUGAUGUCAUUUCAAAACAAGGCCUUGCAGGCAUAUGGUGGAUCACCGCUUUCCAUUAGAGGAGAACUGAAAGUAGAUGUUUCGUAUAAGGAAGAAACCCAUAAAGUCAAUUUACUAGUCGUGGACAGUGCUGGUGCCAACAUUCUAGGAAUGGACUGGUUUAGGGCAUUUAACCUCACUAUUCAACAUUCCGUUUUAUCAAUCAACUCAAGUGACUCAUUUCUCAACAGCAUUCAAGCACUGUGUAAGGCACAUGCUGAUUUGUUUUCAACAGGAUUGGGUAGGUGCAAAGAGUAUAAAGCCCACCUUGCACUCAAAGAAGGGGCUGUUCCAAAGUUCGUUCGACAUAGGCCGAUUCCGUAUGCACUUGUAGAGGACACGCAAAAUGAGGUGGAUCGCUUAGUUGCAGCGCAGAUUCUGAAACAGGCACAUCGUACGCAGUGGGCAGCUCCCGUGGUAAUUGUACAGAAAGCAAAUGGGGGCAUUAGAAUCUGUGGAGACUUUAAGUCUAGUGUAAAUCCGCAGCUUAUUGCUGAACGACAUCCUAUACCAUGUAUUCGUGACAUUUUUCAUACUCUUCGUGGAGGGAAACUGCUUACAAAGAUAGAUCCCUCGGGUGCUUAUAUUCAAAUUGAGUUGGAUGAUGAGUCGAAGGAGAUGGCUGUGAUCAAUACACCUUUUGGAUUGUACCAAUAUCAACGUCUACCGUUUGGUAUAAGCAGCGAACCGGGUGAAUUCCAGAAUAUAAUGGAGCAAUUGUUUGCCGACCUUCCUGUAGCAGUAUAUCUGGAUGACAUCGUUGUUUCGGGUAAGGAUGACAUGGAGCAUUUGCAGACGUUGAAGGAGGUGUUUGGUCGUCUUCAAAGUAAUAGGUUUCGGUGCAAUCAACUGAAAUGUACUUUUGCUAAAAAAGAACUGGAAUAUUUAGGCCAUACUCUGUCUGCCGCUGGUAUUCGUCCAUCGGAAAACAUUUGGAAGCCAUCCAAAACAUACCUCAGCCAUCAAAUCUAA